UGUGUGCGCCUAUGGCGGAGGCUAUCCGCGACGCUCCGCUGCCGCCCUGCCCGUGGGGGCAGGCUAGGAUAGACGGCAACUGCGCUGACAAGUGCAAGUUUGCGGGUUGUGGCACCGACUCGGUGUGCAAGAAGAACGACACGGGCGACGCAGUCUGCGUGUGCAUCAACCCCGAAUACGUGCUGCAACCCGACAAGUCAUGCGCACACCCGUGUGCCGGCACGUGGUGUGCCAUGGAUGACCCCAAUUCCUCGUGCGUGAAGCAGGAAGGCCAGCUGGCUACGUGCGUCUGCAACUGGGGCUUCGCCAUGACGCCCGACCGGGGCUGCGUCGACUCAUGCAGGCUUAAGGCCUGUGUGGACGGCACGUGCAGCAAGGAUGAAAAUGGGAUGGCCGUCUGUUCCUGUGACGCCGAGGCUGGCUUCAAGCUGCAGCUUGACGGCAGGACGUGCAAGGACGUGUGCGUCAUCGAGGACUGUGAGGGCAAAGACGCCAAUUCUACGUGUGUGAGGAAUCUGGACGUGGCCCACUGUGUAUGCAAGACCAACUUCCAGCUGUUCGAGGGCGUAUGCACUGACACGUGCGAGGUGAAGGCGUGUGUGGAUGGCACGUGCACCCAGGACGUCAACGGAACGGCAUCGUGCCAUUGUGACGCCGACGCUGGCCUCGUGCUGCUGGAUGACGAGAGGACGUGCCAAGAUGUGUGCAUUAUCAAGGACUGUGAAGGCAGUGAUGCCAACUCCACGUGUGUCAAGAAUGGCAUCGUUGCAACCUGUGUCUGCAAGACUGGAUUCGAGCUGUUUGACGGCAAAUGCACUGACACGUGCGAGGUGAAGGCGUGUGUGGAUGGCACGUGCACCAAGGACGUCAACGGAACGGCAUCCUGCCAUUGUGACGCCGACGCUGGCCUCGUGCUGCUGGAUGACGAGAGGACGUGCCAAGACGUGUGCAUCAUCGAGGACUGUGAGGGCAAGGACGCCAAGUCCAUGUGUGUGAGGAAUCGGGACGUGGCUCACUGUGAAUGCGUGAUCAACUACGAGCUGUUCCAGGGCGUAUGCACUGACACGUGCGAGGUGAAGGCAUGUGUGAAUGGCCUGUGCCGCCAGAACAGCAUUACUGGAGCGGCAUCCUGCCAUUGUGACGCCGACGCUGGCUUCGUGCUGCUGGAUGGCGAGAGGACGUGCAAAGAUGUGUGCAUUAUCAAGGACUGUGAAGGCAGUGAUGCCAAUUCCACGUGUGUCAAGAAUGGCACCGAUGCCACCUGUGUCUGCAAGACUGGGUUCAAUCUGUUUGAGGGCAAAUGCAUUGACACGUGCGAGUUGAAGGGGUGUGGCGUAAACGGCAAGUGCCACAAGGACAGCACCACUGGAGAGCCAUCCUGUGUUUGCGAUCUGGGCUUCACGCUGCAGCCUGAUGGCACCACGUGCAAAGAUAACUGCGAGAUCCUGAGCUGCACUGGUCCCAAGGAGCACUGCGCCAAAGAGGUCAUCACCGGCCAGGCAUACUGCAAAUGCGAUGAUUACUUCCACAGGGCAGUUGGCGGCUUUUGCCAGGAUUGGUGCCCCUUCAAGGGCUGCAACACCACCAUCUCAACUUGCGUGAGGAGGGUGGACGGGAUUCCCUUCUGCAUCUGCAACAAGGGUGUCCCGCUGACCACCAAGGCUUGCGUUGGCAAGGUGCCCUCAGCAUGGCCGUGA